AUGUUUUUUAGGUUUGGAGCAUGUUCGUUUGCCUUCCUGUGGAUAGGUGCAGUUGUUUUAGCUGUGGAUCAACAGCAACCGCCAGUUUUUAGAAGGGGAGGUUCUAAGUUCAUCAUGGAAUCUUUGGUGACCAGUUGUGAUCACGUCUUUGUGGACUACUUUCGAAAAGUCCCCGACAAGCUGGACAUCUACACCUUCCGUGUGGUGAAACUGGCAUCAACAUUUUCCAUCGAUAUAGCGGUGAGGGUCCUAAAAACAAAGAGAGUAAUGUACAAGGUGGACAACUUGGAUGGCUGUCAGUUUUUAAUGAAUCCCCUGAUGAAUCGCGUUUUCGGAUCUGUGUACAAGCGGCUAAUUGUGAAUGGUACUUUCUUUAGCUGUCCUAUAAAGCCGGGAGUCUAUUAUCUUAGGAAUGAGGGCUCUGUGGCCAUGCUGCCCACUUUUCACCCUCCUGGAAGAUAUCAGAUCACCAUGCGCGUCAAGAUGCAUGAAAGUCGCGGCCCCUUUGUGAUGGAGAUGCUGUGGAUCUAUAAUGUAGUUCGUAUAAAGUAA